AUGUCAAUAAAAGAUCGCCGCCGGGUAUUUUUCGAUGUAACAAUUGAUGGUAACCUCGCGGGUCGCAUUGUCAUCGAAUUAUACAAUGACAUAGCACCACGAACAUGUAACAAUUUCCUGAUGCUUUGUACUGGUAUGGCUGGUACUGGUAAGAUUAGUGGCAAACCUUUGCACUACAAAGGAUCUACAUUUCAUCGUGUUAUCAAGAAUUUCAUGAUUCAGGGAGGUGAUUUUACGAAAGGUGACGGGACCGGUGGGGAAUCAAUUUAUGGUGGUAUGUUCGAUGAUGAAGAAUUUAUCAUGAAGCAUGAUGAACCAUUUGUUGUGUCGAUGGCAAAUAAAGGACCUAAUACAAACGGUUCACAAUUUUUCAUUACUACAACUCCUGCUCCACAUCUCAAUAAUAUCCACGUGGUAUUUGGUAAGGUUGUUAUUGGGCAAGAAGUUGUAACCAAAAUCGAAUAUUUGAAAACUAAUUCCAAGAAUCGGCCAUUGGCUGAUGUUGUAAUACUUAAUUGUGGUGAACUUGUUCGACGGAAAAAACAACGGCAUUCUUCUAGAUCAAGUGAAUCGGGCAGUUCUUCUUCAUCGACUGAAAAAAGUCACAAGAAGACAAAGAAGGCAAAAAUGAAAGAGAAGAAGUGGAAGGAAAGCGAUGAGGUGGAACAUUUAGAAAUCGGUACUACAGUUCCGGAAACAGAAUUGCAGCUGUCGAGUAUAAAGCCGGAAGAUUUGCCUGAAGAAUCGGAGCAGCAAAAUAAGUAUCUUAUGAGACGAUCAAAAACACCAGAAAAUUCAAGGAAAGAAAAGCGAGAAAAACCGCGACAAUCACCUCAACGUUUUUCGCGACGCGAUAUUGGCCAGCGUUUGAAUCGUAUGCGGAGAACACGAACUGGACAUAAAAUAAAGGGGCGCGGCGCACUUCGAUUUCGAACUCCAGAGGGCAGUAGUGAUCAUGAUGGAAGUCGGACUCCUCCUCAUUGGAGACGUGAACAGAAUCGUGUAAUAACACUUGACGAAUUGCAUCGUUUGCAAGAGAAAAGGAAGGCAUACGAGCUUGAAGAGCUUGAAAAUCCGAAAAACAAUGUCAGCGGUAAAGGAAAAACUGAUGUUUUAUUAAAUAUAUCUAAGAAAACUGAAAACAAAGAGGAAAAAUAUCGUGGUAGGUCCGAAAGGAAACAUGAUCGAAGUAGACACACGACGCGACGAUCACCGGAGCAUAUGACACGACAUUUCACGAGUGAAAAGAUUCGCCGUAAAAUCGAUGAAGCUGGAGACAGUGAGGAUGCGAAACGAAUAAAAAGAGAUCAACGAGGACUAGCCGUUGAAAAAGAAAAAAUUGAGGCUAAUGGUGAAAAAGCUGCUGCAGUAGAUGAAUUAAAUUUGGAUGAGCCAUCAGUAGAAGUUAUGCUGGACAGUGCUGAAGAUAUUAGAGACAGUGAUGAUGAAGCCAUCAGGAUUCAUUUAUUAAAGGCAAAAGAAAGGGCAGAAGAGAAAGCGAAACAUGAAUCGAUGAUUGAAAAGGUUGGUGAUAAUAACGAACGAGAUCGAAAGACGAUUUCUGGAGAAAAACAGGACAGUGCCGGAAAAGAUGGACAGCAUCAAGAGCAUAAAAGUAGUGACCAUGAAAAGCUAACUACCGAUGGACAAGACAAGAAUCAAAUUGUAGAAGCGAAUACGGGAAGUAAACGACAUCAACGGAAAAGCGAUAGCAAGGAUCACAAGGAGAAAACAGAGCGAAGGCAUAGGAGUCAAAGCGUUGAGGAUUGUGGAAGACGGAGUAUUAGUCAAGAAAAAGUGGACAGUUUGAAAGUAAAGGAAACGUCAGUCCAAAAAAAUGAAACUAACUGCGAAAAUAAAACUGCAGGAACAAAAACAAGUCAGAUAGAUUCUAGCAGCAGUGAUAAUUCGAAGAUAUCAAUAAAUGGAAAAUUGCAGGAAGUUAAUUCAACUAAUAAGAGAGCGAAUGAAGAAGUUUCAGAGCAGAGAAAUUUAAAAACGGAAUUGUCAAAAUCAGAGGAAAGCAAACAGCAGAUAAGUGAAGUUCCUAAAAAACGGAAGAGUGGUGAAAAAUUGCAAGAAAUGAAACGGAGUGAGAGAAGUUGUAGUCGGAAACGCCGAAGCAGAAGUAAUGUCCGCAGGCGACGAAGUUCGAGCCGUCGUUCAAGGUCACGUGAUCGCCGUCUUAGAUCACGAUCACGAUCGAGAGGUUAUGUCCGUCGGUUCGAGGGAUGGCCCCGUACUCGCCGGCCAACUAGACGAGAACUAUAUGAUGAACGCAUGCGUCGAGAACGUGAACGACGUCGAAGCUUUGAUAGAUAUUCUGAUAGAAGACGCAGUAGAAGCCGAAGUGCUCGACGAGACAGUGAUCGGGUUCGUAUUCAAGACGUAGUCGAAAACGUUCGUCAUCUUCUUCAAGUACUAGCAGUCACAGUUCGUCAAGCGACUCUCGGAGCGAUGCUAGCAGCAGUUCGUCAUCAAAACAUUCGAGCAGUUCAGAUUCGAGCAGAAGUUCUCGGAGCGGAAGCUCCAAUUAGUUGGUUUUUACUUGUUUCGUUGUGCACUUACUGCAUGUUUCGCCAAAUUUUAGUUGUUAUAAGUAAAAUUGUAAAUCACAAGAAACAGCAUGGUGGUUUCUAG